GGAUUUUUCUGAGGGGUAGCGCUGAGUUCUUUGUCUCAAGGAAACUUGAAAAUAAAAUGGAAAUGGAAAAAAUGAACGUGCAGUGCAAUAGUGUGGUCGAUAAUUUUGAAGAAGUUUGCCCAGGGAAGGUAAUUAAGUUUAAACCUCCAUUGUACAAACAACGAUACCAGUUUGUGAGAGAUUUAGUGGAUCAACACAAACCCAAGAAGGUUGCAGACCUGGGAUGUGGUGAUACUGAGCUCCUAAGGCUGCUAAAAAUCUACCCAUGCAUCCAACUGCUUGUUGGAGUAGACAUUGAUGAAGAAAAAUUACAAUCUAAUGGACAUCAUUUGUCUCCCUAUUUGGGGGAGUUCGUAAAACCCCGGAGUCUGGAUUUGACCGUUACCUUGUAUCACGGCUCUGUUGUGGAGAGAGACUCUCGCCUGCGUGGAUUUGACUUGAUAUCAUGCAUUGAGGUAAUAGAACAUUUGGAUUCAGAUAAUCUGGCCAGAUUUCCUGAAGUGCUAUUUGGGUACCUGUCUCCAGCCAUGGUUGUCAUCAGCACGCCGAAUUCUGAAUUCAACCCCCUGUUUCCCAUAGUGACCCUAAGAGAUGUAGACCAUAAAUUUGAGUGGAACAGAAUGGAAUUUCAGACCUGGGCUUUAGGAGUGGCAAAUCGCUACAAUUACUCUGUGGAGUUUACAGGAGUGGGCAAGCCACCCGCCGGUGCUGAGCACGUUGGAUUCUGCACCCAGAUAGGCGUGUUCCGGAAAAACAGCGAAGAGGCAGGGCUGCCCUGCAUUCCGGAGCAGCACCACCGGCACAUUUAUAAAGCUGUUUAUACGAUCACCUACCCAAGUUUACAGCAGGAAAGGGUGCUCAAGUUCGAACUGGUCGGGGAAGUAUUGUUACAAGUGGAGCGCUUGAGGCUGGGGCACCUGCGAAAGCUGCGAGAGCAGAAGAGGGAGUCGGGCACUGGGCCAAAGGAC